CCCACCCUCGAGCUCUGGCGUUAAACACACUGCGGAUCAUGUACGGUUUGACUGAGUAGAUUCUAGAGAACUCAACACCAUGACAAGUAAAGGUAGCAAUUUCAGCAUCUAUGUUGGGAACCUCCCGAUGACAUUUACGGACAAUGAUUUUCAACAGUUGUUUGGUGAGAUGGGUCCCAUCUCGUCAUUAUUCUUGAAAGAUGGGAAAUCCAAGGAUGGAACACAAACGUUUAAAUAUGGGUUUGUGAACUUUGAAGAAAGUUCGUCUGUAGAUGUUGCUAUAUCAUCAUGCCAGGGUAAACUCAUAAUGGGACGAGUACUGACUGUCCGGAAGUCAGAAAAGAGCAAAAACCGAAGUCUGUUAGGAAAUACAGGACGUCCAAACCCAAACUGGAAUGAUGGUGCUCAUCAGAAUAAUAGAGGAUCAGAGGAUAUAAAGAAACUCCAGGGAUAUGAGGAGAUGGUGAGCAUCACCCACGUUGUAGAUCCACACACCCUGUACGUCCAGGCACUCAACAGAGACAACCUAGAGAAGUUCUCUGUCGUCAUGGCAAAGCUCCAGGACUACUGUAACUCUGCACCAAGGCUACAUGAGCUUCACCAGGAUAGAAUCAAGAUCUAUGGUGCAAUUUUCAAGGAUGAUGAAGCGUGGUAUCGCUGCAGAGUGCUAAAUCAUCAUCAGAACAAGGCCGAGGUGUUAUACAUAGACUAUGGGAACAGUGCUGAGGUGGAUAUUAAUACUAUGGUCCAUCUCUCUGAUGAGCUAGCAAGCAUCGGUCCUAUCGCUCAGAAGAUCAGGAUCAUCGGUGUAGCUCCAGUGUUGAAAGAUUCUUCAUCUGAUGCUGCUAGCCAGGCCUAUACAUUCCUUGGAACUCUUGAAGCGGAGGGAGGUGAUGGGAAGCAACUGAAGAUCAUCAUCGCAGAAGGCAUCAAACCCCAAGAAGAUGGCUCCCUACCUGUACAGCUCUUCCACAACCACGUCAAUGUAGCACAGACAAUCAACAAGAGGUUUGCUCCAGGCUACCAAGAGAAGAUGAUCCAGACAAGCUCCUCCAGGCCUCCUCUUAAGACAGGUGGUAGUGGUGGAGGAGCUGGGAACCAGUGGAAGAACAAGGAACUGCAAGGAGGGGGUGGAGAUGUAAAUGGCAUCAAUGGACACAAGACACACCACCAUAACAACAAAGAUAUGAGUGACUUGAUGAAGAGAUUGGAGAACUUGGAAGGUGUCAUGGAACAACUCAAGGAUGAUAAAUUCAUCUUACAGAAACAACUACUACAUCACAAGACCGAGGAGGAGAAGAAGAAAGAGGAAGAAUCCAAGAAGAUGAGUUGUGUUCUCCAGUCCCAUCUAACACCUCUAGCUGAGAGCUUUCAGAGGAUCAAAGAGGCCAGGACUGGUUUCUCAGUUGAUCCCGAGAAUAAGAACACCGUCCUGCUCGCCAUUGAUCUUGCUGCUAAGAGACUGCAUCCAUUCAUGGAGGGUAGUCCUACCAAAGAGAAGGGUGAUCUGAUCAGUCUCAUCCCGGACUCAGAACCAGUCGGUAUAAAGCUCCAGGAACUAGAGAGAAUGCAGCAGGUCUUACAAAACCUACAGUCUCAGGCUGAGUUGGCGGAUGCAAUGCUUCAACGGAAUGAUGCCCGUCAUGAGGCCUAUAAGGCUCUCACUAGCUUCUUGGAUGAUGUCAAGAAGUUACCCAUUGCCAAAAGACUAAAAGAUAUUGAGAGUAUGGUGAACCAGUUAGAGUCCGAGUAUGGAUCUUACCUGGACCCAACCAAAGUGAUGCAGCCAGACCAUAGUGUAGCAGACGUAGAAUGCUUUGAUGAAUACCAAGCAUGGCUGGAAGAAAGAUCUGGUAAGAUUACCCCUCUACGUGAUGAGACCAAUGAGCUGAGGAUGAAAUGGUGUGAGCUACUCACCAACAUGAACAAGUCUUUCCUGUUUGAUGAUAUCUGCUCACCAUCUCUGGAAUCUACCGAUAAGCUAAGGGAUGACUUCCUGGUUGCUAUGGAAACUGAGCUAACAUUCACUCUCCAUGGUUACACGCCAUCCAUUGAGCUGGAUGAUAGCACUGCAUUGCAGACCAAACAGGAGCAAGAUGUGAGAGAAGUGGAGGUAGUCUCGUCCACCGUGCAUGCCCUGGUCAAGGCCCUCGUCAAAGAGAAACAGACGUUGGCAAGCCUGGCUCAGGUGUGUGAUAACUUCACCACGAUGGCCGCUCAGCUCAAUCCCUGGCUGAACAACAGACCUGAUGUAUCGUGUCUACAGACUAUCAUGAAGGAGGUCAAAGGUCAUAGGUCAAGACUCAGGCACAAACUCGCUGAUAAGAAAGACCUGGAAGAGGAUACCGAGCAGUGUAAUGAGAAGUGUAUGGAAGAGCUACAGGAUGAGAUACAUACCAUUCAGGGGAAGCUGUGGACGCUCUACCAGAAGGAAGAUGCAUUACUGAGGGAACUUUCUGAGCUGACAGCAAAUCAUUACCCCGAGCUGCCAUUCCUGUACCCAGUCAUAGGCAUCAGCAAGUUCUUGGAAACCAAUGGACUAGUCAAAGAUGGUCGUGACCUCACGCACUUUGACCUUUCACCUGUACCAGACUGUAAGAAGACGACCGUGAAGCUUGCCAAAGCUAAUGGAAAGCCUGUCAGCGUCAUCAAGGUGAUCCACCUGCCUGACAAGCACACUCUAGAUAAGAUGAUAGCCUACUCUGUGAUUGAAGUCCCAGCCUGCAUGAAACUCCAUGCCGUCUAUCCAGAGAGUGACGGCUCUCAGCUCUUCCUUCAGUUACCAUACAUGGGACUAGGAAACCUAGAGUCUGCUGUUAAAGAAGAUGGACUGCUCAGCAGAACAGAUGUGAUCAAUGUCUGCAGGAAUGUCUUAAUGGCAUUAGAGGGACUUCACCGACUAGGUCUGGUUCAUGGAGGAGUACAUCCAAGGAACGUCCUCUUAGAGCAAAGAAUGGAAGGCAAGGAGGAGGGGGAGGAGGAGUCUUGUAUCAUUGCCAACCUGGCUGAAUUCGACUUCACUAUGACAACUAGUGAGACAGCUCUGAAAGGAUUCACCUCUGAGACAGGAAUGCGUUUCACUGCUCCAGAGGUUAACUGUGGACUUCAAGCGACAUCACAAGCUGAUAUAUUUGCUUGUGGACUCCUCCUUCUUUGGGCCCUUUUCCCAACCAGAGUCUUCAAAGUUGAGCCAGACGGCACGCCAGACCUGGAAGGCUGCAAUCUACCGCCCUCUCUGACGGAGGUUCUAGAUUCCAUGCUGAAUUACAGCCCUUCCAAACGACCCUCUGCUGCCCGCGUCAUGGAGUCUGCAUUCUUCACCAAUCCUCCAGAGUUUGCCGAAGAGACGGUGACGCCGAUGGAGGUGGCAGCGGUUGAUGGAGGAGAUGUGUCUCUGAAUGAGAGUUCUCUGUGUGAUAUCCCAGAAGGAGAGGAGAAUAAGCUUGAUGUUAGUGCACCAGGAGAUCUUCAGAUGGAGCAUUCACAACAGACAACACCUGUUGAUGUUUCCCUGAAGACACCACCAGCGUCUCCUGUCAAGGAAUCCAUGACAGAAAAGAAAGGCCAGGACUCACCAGGACACAUAGUCCAGGACUCACCAAGACAAGUCCAGGACUCGCCAGGACACGUAGUCCAAGACUCGCCUAGACACGUUCAGCAGUCACCAGGAGGUGUAGCUCAGAACUCACCAGGACGGGUAGUCCAAGGCUCACCAGGACACGAAGUCCACGACUCGCCGAGACAGGUAGUCCAGGACUCGCCGGGACUUGUGGUUCAGCAUUCACCAGGAUGUGAGCAGACCCACGAUGAGACCCCUAUGGAUCAGGGAGAGGAGCAACGAGCAGAGAAACCUGAGGCGGUAGUCCAGGAAGUCAGUCAGUUCACCCUGGAACCUGCUCACAAAGUUGAAGAAGAAGCUGGUGAAGAGGCUUCAGACUGUGAUAGUGAGCCUCCUCCUCUUGAAGAUGAUGAGGUCAUCAACCAUGUACCAACACUGGUAGAGAGAAGCAUGCCUUCAGAAGAACCAGUUGGAGUCACCAAUGCUCGAGAAGAGGCUGAUGAUAAUAGCUCUCCAGUGUGAGGGCUGAUGCUAUCUCCUUAUCCCAAGUUUCAACUAAGCAUCCAAAAAUUGGUCAAAAUCCUAGCAGGAAUUGUUUUAUAUUACAGUUGUUUUACGUUCUAGAAUUUUUCAUAAUAAGAGAAACACCUUGUUUUAUCUAGAGUUCAUUUUAGUAUUGAACCAAAAAGUAAAGGUAUAACCAUUCGUUCAAAAGCCAAAAAGGGCUUGUGAUCAUGGAAAGUUACUUUAUUUUUAUCAGUAGAUAUAUACUUUGUUUUUAUACAUUGACAGGCUGACUUGUUACGGACAUGUAUAUUAUGUAGAAACUCAAAACAGUUUAUAGGUUAACAAUGACUUCAGGAAUUAUGAAAUGUGUGAAGCCAGUUGGUUAUGUUACUCAAAGAUAUGUCACUAAUGAUUUAUUAUCGCUCGCUUUCUUUACCUCAAAACUCAACAUUUUGAUCAAGAGCAAAUUUGCUUGAAAAUGUUAUGAAUUAAUCAUGAUAAGUUAGUUUUGAUUUCAACUCAAAAUGUUUGCCUUUAGUUUAUAAGCAGCUGAUUUGACAAAGUAUUAUUCAAGUUGUUGCGAACAGUAUUCCUUGCCAACUAGUAUUAGCUUUUCUCCCCAUGAUGAUGUUGGGCAGAAAUUCCAUUUUUAUGUUUGCCAAGGAGAGGGCCUUGUUUAUACCUCUUUCAGAUGUGCCAAAGAUACAAAGCUGCAAGCUUAUGAUUCUGUAUUCAUUUGUUGUUUUUGAUAUGUGAUAUGAAGAUGGGGAAACGUUUUCUUUCUCAGAUGUUUAUGUUUAGAUUGCCAACAAGCGGCCAUUCUCGUACCUCUUUCAAAAUGUGCCAAAGGUUUUACACAUACAGACAUAUGGUUCUGUAAUGGAGUGUGUGAUGUAUUAUAUUGAUGGAUGAUCAGGUAGAGUUGCUUCCAUUCCAUGAAUUCUAUAGAGAAGAGGUACCAAUAAGUUUCUAGUUGUACAUCUAUGAAUGACGCCUAUACCGAAUACCGAGUUUUAGCUAUAGAAUAUUAAGAAGCUGAUGACGGUGGCUCUUCUUUGCAAGUGAUGGGGUCGCCUUGCCUCUUUCCAUUUCUGUUAGAGGCAGAUUGUAUUGAUUUAUGUGACAUUUGAGUCA